AUGCGACGAAGCAAAACCCGCCUGCGGCCGCUGCAGCAGCAGGAGCGAAAAAUGAUCAAAGACGUAACCGCAGAGGUUAUACGCGACUACCAGCACGAUGAUCCAGGAGAGGAUCUCGAUGUGUCGGAUCAGUCUGAUGGUCAGCAAGCGACUGCUUCCAACGACGUGUCGCCGCCUACGGUGCACGACCAGGGUACACCAUAUCAGGAACAUUUCAAUUGGCAGCACAAUCCGACUUUCUCAGCUGCAGAGCCUGAUCUUAAUAGUCUCCGGUCUACUGAUUGUGUUCCUCUGCCCACUCCAGGAGAUCUCGAGUCCAUUUGGCACAGUCCUGUCGCCACUACGUAUCUAGACGAUAGCGUAUUCCUGCCAGGCUCAGCAUAUCUCGAUGCGCAUUCUACCUUUCGAAACCACCUUAUUCAGGAAGUAAGAUCCAAUGUGCCGACUCGACAAGUCACGCCUGAUCCUGCACGCAUCGAGCAUGUAUGGGGAGUCAAUGCGGACUACAACCCAGACACCGAGAGCCACAUCACAGAGAUCCCCACUCACCUCAAUGCAGUCGAAGAACAAACUCUCACAAACCCCUCCUCAGCCCCCCAGUUAUCCCCAGAAGAAGAAUUCGCACUCUGGAAAAAUUGGUUCGAUGAAGUCGCACCUUGGAUCGAUAAAUUCGAUCCUGAACGCCAUUUCCGACAUACACUUCCCGUUAUAGCGCGGUCUCAUGACCAUUUGAGAUACUCCAUACUUGCGCUAUCAGCACGCCAGAUAGAGCGGAAGAACAAUAGUAAACAUACGGAGAGGAGUUUAUCUCUGUACCAAACAGCCAUUCAACUCGUGUUACCACAGCUACACACGCGCAGCACGCCCGUAAUAGCAUCAUGCGUUGUUCUCUGCGUACUGGAGAUGCUGAGCUCGUCGGCAAAAGCCUGGCACCAGCAUCUCGAUGGGUGUGCACAUCUCUUGGAAGCUGUGGGCAUCAAUGGCUUCUCAGGCGGUGUCGACCAAGCGCUCUUCUGGUGCUUUGCGAGGAUGGAUGUUUGUGGUGGGCUUAUCGCAUCUUCCAAAACGCUUAUACCGGUUGAGCACUGGGCUGACGGUAUGGAUCUUGACGGUGAUGUGGAGCGCUUCCGAGCGGACGGCGGAUACAACGUCCAUGCGUGCGAAGCAGUGUAUCUUGUUGCGCAGAUACUCGAUUUACUGUCUUUCCAUUCAAAUCUAGCUGGGAGGGUUGGCGCUACACCGCCUACAUGCGCAGACGCAGAUGAAGCAUACACAGCGCGAUGGACUCGCCUCUGGUCUCACGUCUCUGCAUGGUACGCCGCCCGCCCCGCAGAAAUGCUACCCAUAUCUUGCUUCUCGACCUCCGCAUCCCCUUUUCCGAAGAUCCUGUACAGCAACCCGGCCGCCAUGUCUGGUAACCAACUCCAUCAUACGGCGUGUAUCUUGCUGCUUCGACAUAAGCCUUCAGGCGUUAUCGUCACACCCAAGCCCAACUCCAUCUUCUGGCACGCGCGCCAAAUCUGCGGGAUAUCGAUUAGCAACGAUGAUCAUGCUGCGUGGACGAAUGCGAUACAGCCGUUGUGGAUCGCAGGCCAGUGGAUGAGUCAUGAGAGUGAGCAGAAGGCGAUUUUGCAGCUGCUGGAGAAGAUUGAGAAGCAAUCGGGAUGGAGCUUGCAACCUAACGUUCAGCGCAAAUCACGAGCUUCUUUCAAUCGUGGAUCCAACCUCUUGGCGUGGUUUAGAGACAAACGUAGCAAAGACCAGGAUGCCAACACCACAAACACAGAGCCGUCUUGGGAAGACAAGAUGCGCGCAGUAGGUCGAACCUUCGUCUUGAGUGUUGCAGACACUCAGAUCAUCUUUGUUGGAGGAUUCCUUCUCGGUUUCGCUGGCCAGGGCAAGUGUAAACUGACGAGCUACCACUUCACUGCAUCGGUUAGCCAGAUGAUGAUUGCGCUGUCUGCCAUCACCUUUUCUGUCGCUCUGGUACGGACCUACUGGCGAAAUCCACUGGCCGCAGCACUCCGGCUAGUUCUUUCUCUCGGAGCUUUUAUUGGCGUCGGUAUAACCAUUUUCAGGGAAGCCGACUACGCUCCAUUUGAUCUGUAUAAGCCUCCAGAAAAGGAUAAUGCCAUCCUACUUCCAGUGGCUUGCUUGUUGGAAGGAACACUACGCUCCGCGGCAGAGAAGCAAGCACAGGAGAGCGACGCAGAUCUCGGCUUCGGAGCAGCACUCAAUUGGUUCUGGCCAGCACCCGACAGAAUCUUGUUCAUCGUCCUCGGCGUCACCUUCCUGUGGGCGCACUUUCUGGGUUUCGUUCGCUUUCGCGAAUCCCGCAAACCUCGCAACCAGGCAAUAAAAGAACGGUCCUGUAUGCGGAAAUCCUUCAGUCGCUUGUACCUGGGGUCGAUAAUUCUCAUGCCUACCGGGACGUCGAUCUUCUGCUGGAUCCGCGUCUACAUCAUGCGCAAGUGGGUAGAUGAGUCUGGCUGGAUGGAAAGUCCUAAUACUGAGAUGAUCAUUUGGGACUCUGGCGGAUUGAUCGCGAUGGGAAUCAUUAUCACAGUCUUAAUGAACGUACUGACUGAGGCCUUCGAGAGAAAGAAGAAAGAAGCGACGAAAGAGAUUGAAGAAGGGGCGGCGUAUAAGCAGCUUGUGUCUCGGGAUCCUUCACCAAUGCACAUGAACGACCGGGGGUACAACCGUGGGCAGAAUCGACCCUUCAACACAUCCAGAUUAAGGUAG